GAGUAGUUUGAUUAUUGUGUUAAAUAAAAAAUCCCUCUACUAUAUAUACUGAUGUUUUCAGUUGUCUUGCCUCAAUUUAGUGUUUCUCCAGUUGUGAAAGCAAAAUCAUGAUUGCAUUGAAACUAUUGGCUAUUGUCGCUAUGGCCUUUUUGGCUGAAGCUUCUGACUUGGACUCAGGCUAUAGGAUAAUGUCCUGUGCUAAAAGAGCAAUUACCAACGGAGUUCCAGAACUGAAUAUCCCAAGUCACAGUCCUGUUUAUAUCACCCGCAACUUUUCAUGGACUGGAGAUAUAGGAGUUGCAAGUGCUUCAUUCGACUUCCAUGAUUUCAUUUGGGAUGGUCUUCCACAAUGGAAUUUGACUGCAACACAAAUCAACAAGGACUCCGACCCUUAUGCAGUAUUUGACUUUGAUCUCUCCUGGAAAUGGAUGAACAUCUCUGGAUUAUUCAACGUUACAAUCAGAGAGUUGGUAUUGGAACAACACUAUAACGGAAACAUUCAAUUUGAAUGGACCAAUUCACACUGGAAAGGAAGGAUCAACGUAACCAAACCAUAUUUCAACCUCACCCAAGAGGUUAACGAUGCCCAAAUUAAAUGGACUGUAGAGCACCUUGAUACAACGGUAAAAGGUCUUGGUAUCUGGAACGGACCCGUUGAAGCAACUUUUGGCACAGGUAUCAUUACAGCAUUGAAUUCCGGAUUGAUCGGUAACACCGUUGGUGAAUUCAUCAAAAUGAGACUAAACACAAUCUGGUGGAGCACUGGAAAGAUUUGGGACUUGGUCCACUGGUGUUAUGAUUCACAAUUGUGAUUAUUUUAAACCUAACCUUGUGUAAUUCUCUUUAAAUAAAAAUACUCUUUAAAUUUAAUAUAA